AUAUUUUAUCUCUGAUAGCGAAUGUAAACACCUAGAUUUAGUAGACGUAUAUUAUUAUCAAUUUAUUAUUUUCGUAAUCGUGCAAAAGCAGUUGGUGACAAGUUUCUUCAAAGAUUAUGUCACUUCAAGUUGAAAUAUGUCAUCGGUGUUAAUUAGGUUUUAGGUUAAAUUAUUUUUCAGGAUCAAAUAAUAUAAUAUAAGUUUAAAAAGGACGUGAAAAAAAAAUGGAAAUAACUCAAGAAAAGUAUUAUCCCAAUCCCAGGGAAAAAGCGAAUCAGUUUUCCGUCUUAUUUUUUGGGUUUGCUUACGAAAUGUUCAAAAAAGGCUACAAAAAAACAUUAGAAGUAGAAGAUUUAUAUAAUCCUCUCAAUAUUGAUAGAAGUAAAUUGCUCGGAGACGUCUUACAGAAGAAUUGGGAUGUGCAAAUAGAAAAAUCGAAAAAUACGAAUUCAAAACCGAGUUUAUUGAAAGCUCUAGUCGCAACGUUUUGGUUUGAAUACUUCAAACUAGCAAUAAUGGCGGCUGUAACGGAUCUUUGCUUGAAAACCGUACAACCUCAAAUUUUGGGUAUGUUAUUGGCAUAUUUCAAGCCAGAAUCAGAAGUAACGAGAUCAGAAGCUUCCAUGUACGCCGGGAUCAUAGUUCUGAUCAAUAUUUGUAAUUUUUCCAUUGGAGGUAGAUAUAUGUUGGAAGCUUUCCAUAGCGGUAUGAGGAUACGAGCCGCGUGCUGUGCUCUUAUGUAUAGAAAGGCGUUGAAAUUGAGUAAAACGGCUUUAGGUGAUACUGCUUCGGGGAAAAUCGUGAACCUUCUAUCUAACGACGUUAGUAGAUUUGAUGUCGUGUCGUUAUUUAUAAAUCAAAUGUGGAUAGCGCCACUGGGAUCUCUAAUUAUAAUGGGGCUUUUGUACAAAGAGACUGGGUAUGCUGGGGUCGUUGGAAUUUUUGCCGUUUUCAUCGUAGUUUCCAUACAAAGUUAUACCGGGAAAUUAUCGGCAAGAUACAGAAAACAAACUGCGUUAAAAACUGACGAAAGAGUGAGGUUAAUGGACGAAAUAAUAUCCGGAAUACAAGUGAUCAAAAUGUACGCUUGGGAAAAUCCUUUUAGAAAAAUUAUUCGUUUUGCGAGAAAAGCCGAAAUUAAAUACGUCACAAAAUCCUCAUACGUCCGGGCAUUAUUUAUGGCUUUUAAUUUAUUUACAACUAGAUUUUCAUUAUUCGUAACUUUAAUGACAAUCGCGUUGUCUGAAGGAGAAAUUACGGUCGCAAAGGUAUUCGUGGUAAUGUCUUAUUUCAAUUUACUUUCUAUGUCGAUGUCGACUAUGUUUACGAGGGGUAUAUCAGAAAUGGCCGAAGUUUUCGUAGCAAUAAAAAGAAUAAGAGAUUUUCUUUUAAACGAAGAAUUCGAUCAAAGGAAAAUACAAACUUACACGAAUGGAAAUAUAAAGAGCGUCGACGAUUUCACCGAAAUGAUAAUUUUGAAAAAUCUAACAGUAAAAUGGAACCUCAGCUACAGCGACAACGCUCUCGAAAAUAUAAGUUUGAACGUGUCCGAUGGGCAAUUGGUGGGUAUCAUAGGACCUGUUGGUAGCGGCAAGAGCUCAUUAUUACAAACCAUUUUAGGAGAACUCGACGUCACCAAUGGAGAUAUGAAAAUAAACGGACAAAUAUCUUAUGCCUCGCAAGAACCUUGGGUAUUCGCCGCCACCAUACGACAAAAUAUUAUUUUCGGCGAGGAAUUCGAUAAAAAACGUUACCAUGACGUCAUCCAAGCCUGCGCUUUAGAAAGAGAUUUGGAACAAUUCGUUAACGGCGAUCAAACAAUUGUGGGUGACAGAGGUGCUUCUUUAAGCGGCGGUCAAAAAGCUAGAAUAAAUUUGGCGAGAGCAGUAUACAGGGAUGCCGAUAUUUAUCUAUUAGACGAUCCUUUAUCGGCUGUGGAUAUCCACGUUUCCAAACAUUUGUACGAAAAAUGCAUCAACGGAUAUUUAGCGAACAGAACGAAAAUUCUAGUCACACAUCAAGUACAUUAUUUGAAAGAUGCAGAUCACAUCGUUAUUUUAAAUAACGGCCGUAUUGAAGACGAAGGUACGUUCAAUCUGUUAGCUGCUAGUGACAACGUUUACGCUAAAUUAUUAACAGCCGAACCUGAAAAUACCGAACAGCCAAAAAAAAUAGACAACGUGAAAUUUUCGAGGCAGCUUUCGCAACGGAGUCGUAAAGAUUCGAUGGCUAGUUUAUCCAGCGCUAUGAGUAUAGCUGAUACUCUACCGGAUUUAGAAGAAAUUCACGACGAUAACGACAAAGAAAAAGAAUUCAACGUGAAGGAUCUCCAAGAAGAAUCUUCCAAAGGGAAAGUUCACGGUUCAUUGUUAUUCAAAUAUAUGUUAGCCGGAUCUAACAUAAUCGCAGUCAUUUUGGUCAUCCUUUUAUAUUUAGGGGCCCAAUUAUCUGCGAGUAGUGUCGACUACUGGGUGAGUUAUUGGGUUAACGUCGAAGAAGCUAGAGCUGUUAAUAACACCGUCACGUCGUUUUAUAUAAUACCUUCAAUUGAUUUAACCACCAGGAAUUGUCUUUACAUAUACGCUACUUUUUUGACCGCCCUGUUUAUUGUCGCUAUGACCCGAUCUAUAUUUUUUUAUAAAUUGGCCAUGUUGAGCUCGGAAAAGUUGCAUUAUGUUAUUUUUAAUAACGUCGUUGAGGCUACGAUGCGUUUUUUCGAUACGAAUCCGGGCGGGAGAAUUUUGAACAGGUUUUCGAAAGAUUUGGGCGCCAUCGACGAAAUGCUACCGAAGGCUAUUUUGGAUUCUACACAGAUCCUACUAUCAAUGUUUGGUUCACUACUAUUGAUUGUCGUGGUAAAUCCUUACUUUUUAAUCCUAAUAUUCUUUUUAUCUAUAAUUUUUGGUUUUAUGAGACGCGUAUAUCUAAAAUCCUCUAAGAACAUAAAGAGAUUAGAAGGGAUAAUGCGAAGUCCUGUGUUUACUCAUUUAAAAGCAACCAUAGAAGGUUUAACAACAAUCAGAGCAUUUAGAGCCCAAGCAAUCCUCACCGAAGAAUUCGACCAUCACCAAGACUACCAUUCGAGCGCUUACUACAUGUUUAUAGUAGCUAGUACCGCAUUUGGAUUCUACUUAGACAUGUUCUGUGCUGCUUUCUUAGCAUUAUUAACAUUCAGCUUCUUAUUUUUCGGAGAAAUUCUUAACAUGACAGGUGGAGAAGUCGGUUUAGCCAUAACUCAAGCCACGGCAUUAACUGGAUUUUUGCAAUGGGGCAUGCGACAAUCCGCCGAAGUAGCCAAUCAAUUGAUGAGCGUCGAAAGGGUAUUGGAAUAUAAGAAUUUACAAAAAGAAACAGACCCUGUCAAUCCGAAAAAACCUUCUAAAGAGUGGCCGCAGCACGGGGAAAUUAUCUUUAAAAAUAUGAGUUUGAGAUACUUCGAAAACGGGCCGUUGGUAUUAAAGCAUCUGAAUUUAACCAUAAAACCGAAUGAAAAGGUUGGCGUUGUCGGUCGAACAGGAGCCGGAAAAUCUUCUUUAAUCCAAGCCCUAUUUAGACUAGCCCCUAUCGAAGGUAUCAUAAAAAUAGAUGACGUUAAUACGCAGGAGAUAACCUUGCAAAAUUUGCGUUUAAAAAUUUCCAUCAUCCCUCAAGAUCCCGUACUAUUUUCCGGUACUUUACGUUACAAUUUAGAUCCAUUCGAUGAAUAUACAGACGACGUCCUCUACAAAGCCAUCGAAGACGUCGAAUUAAAAGAUCCCGCCAACGUAAUCAAUAGAUUGGAGAAUAGGGUUAUGGAUAGAGGAGCGAAUUAUAGCGUUGGACAAAGACAACUGAUAUGUCUAGCUAGAGCUAUAAUAAAAAAUAAUAAAGUUUUGAUGCUAGACGAAGCUACAGCUAACGUAGACCCGCAAACCGAUGCUUUAAUUCAAAAAACUAUACGUAAAAAAUUUAUUAACUGCACCGUUAUAACCGUGGCUCAUAGAUUGAACACCAUCAUGGAUUCCGAUAAAGUAUUGGUGAUGGAUUCUGGUAAUAUCGCUGAGUUCGAUCAUCCCCAUCUUCUUCUGCAGAACAAAAACGGCGUUUUUUACAAUAUGGUGAUUGAAACUGGUAGAGCUACAUCGGAACAACUUAAAAAAAUCGCAGCUGACAGCUAUCAAAAAGUUUACGCCCUCCCAGAGUGAAAUAAAUGAAAUUUAUAAUCGUUUUUAUAUGGACACUGUGUAUAUAUCGAGUGAUAUUUUUAAUGUAUAUUAUUUUUUAUCAGGAUAUUGAAAAAAUGUCUAAUUUCAACUGAAUAAACUCUUAAUUAACAA